UCAAGUUAAGCCUACAACCAGAUAGAAAAAUACAGCUAUCAGGAGACUAAAAACCAAAAGAUCUUUGCUGUUUAAUGAAGACAGUAGGGUAUCUCCUGUUUUGGCUAGCAUGUCUACAACCUAAAUAACUGGUGUAGAUCUUAUGUGGAAUUCUUUUCUUGUGUUAGCAUGGCGGAACUUGGUGUUCACAGAAUCCUUCUUUUGGUUAUUUCCCUGACCAAGUGUCUGGAGGGUACAAAACUGCUGGCAGAACUCAAAAAGUGUGGUGACCUGGAAUGUGAAACUUUAAUAAGCAGAGUGGUAGCCAUGAGAGAUUACACAGGACCUGACUGCCUAUACCUGAAUUUCACUAAGGGAGAAGAAAUAUCUGUUUAUGUUAAACUUGCAGGAGAAAGAGAAGAUUUGUGGGCAGGAAGUAAAGGAAAGGACUUGUUUUUUUCCAGUGAUGCAGUCCAGAUUGAAGAGGUGUUUAUAACUGAAGAGGUUGAAUUAUCAACUAAAGAAUCCGACUUCCUUUGUCUCCUUGGAGUAAGUUACAUAUAUGAAAAUGAAGAUAGUGAGUUUAACAGUCACAGUGGUGAAAAUAUGUAUCCAUAUGAAGAAGAGCAAAAAUAUAGUGUAUAUGAGAGUGAUUUCCAGAUACAAUCUGGAUUUUAUGCAAUUUCUGAAAGUACUUUGUUUGAAGGCCAAUUUCCAGCAUCAGAGGCUCCUGAAGAUAUUAGAAUUAACUGGGAAGAAGCCGAAACUGCAAGUGUGGAACAGGAUCACAUUCCAGAAGUGGAUCAUGUCUCACCACCCUUAACUGUGCCUGAAGUACAAGGAUGGUUUGGACUGGGAAAGGAACAUGAUGAAGAAAAGGUUCUCGAGUCAGUUACUGAACCUGUGCAACAAAGCUCAUUUCAAAGUAGAAAAAUAACAGUGGAAGAUGAGAAUAGCCUAGAGGAAUUAACUAAUGGUGAGCCCCGAACAGAACCUGAAUCAGAAUUUGAUUCAGUGCCAGAGGAACAGUCUGAAUUAGCAUUAGAGUCAAAGCAUGCACUCACACCCCAAGCAACGGGCUGGUUUGGUGGUGGAUUUACAAGUUAUUUAGGUUUUGGAGAGGAGGAUACAGGCCUUGAAUUACUGUCCAAAGAAAGCAAUCCACCACUACAAGAUGUUCCCAAUUUCAUAUCUUCUGAUGAAGAAGCCAUAGUUCCAUGCACAGAAAUAUUAACAGAAAAAGAAGACACGAUAACCAAUGACAGCACAGUUCUCAAACCAAAUUGGUUUGAUUUUGGUUUUGGUAUGCUAGGUUUUGCAUAUGCCAGUGAAGAUAGCAUUGUAUUAGAUGAUGGAAAAACUGAAGAAGAUGGUGAGGUAGAUAAACAUGAACAUUCUCUAGCAAGUAAAUUUGACCAUGAUAAUGAACAGGAAAUAAGAAUGAUAAAAGCUAUGGAAACAGAAGAUCAAAUGGACAAGGAAAGAGUCUUAGAGAAAACAGAUGAUUAUGAUACCAUACCAUAUUUGCAAAAGCUAUUCUACACUUUUGAUAACCCUUGGAGCUUCCAGAACAUUCCUAAGGAAACAGAACUGCCAUUUCCAAAACAGAUACUGGAUCAAAGUAAUAUGGUUGAAAAUAAUGAAAGAGAAGAAUUUUCUGGUGAAAAUAAUCCCAUAGAUAAUAUGAAAGAUCUUAUUAUGUUGAAAAACAGAUACAGUCAAUCAGAUAUGAUCUCUCAAAUAGAGGUACCUAUGAGAAUUCAUGAAGAAGUACUUUUUGAAACCUCAUUUUCUGAAAAUGAUGAAAAAUCAAAACCAUUAGUAGACUUUGAAGAGUCUGCUCAGGUGGAAAUAGACAGAUCUGUGGAAAAUACCCUGCUAAACAGCCAGAUGGUUUCAACUGAUAACUCUUUGUCUUCUCAAAAUUACAUUCCUCCAAAUGAAGAUGCUACUGAGUUUCAGAUUCUGAAAUACUUAUUUCAAAUUGAUGUUUAUGAGUUCAUGAAUUCUGCAUUUUCACUGGUCACAAUUUUUACAGAAAGGGUUGUAGCAGCAUUGCCUGAAGAUAUGAGACCAGGCUCUAAUCCUUAUGGCUUUACUUGGGAGUUGGUGAUUUGUGCAGCUAUUGGAGUUUUAGCUAUUCUCUUGUUUUUGUGGAGAAGUUUUCAAUCUGUUAGAAGCCGGCUUUAUGUGGGAAGAGAAAAAAAGCUUGCUCUAAGACUUUCUGAACUAAUUGAAGAAAAAUGUGAACUACUUGAAAAAGUUAGCCUUGUUCAAAAAGAGUAUGAAGGCUUAGAGUCAUCUUUAAAGGAUGCCAGUUUUGAGAAGGAGUCAACAGAAGCACAAAGUUUGGAGUUUGAUGAAGGAUCACAAAUAUCAGAGGCAACAUAUGAAAAGCUGGAUAGGUCCAAAUCUAAACUUGAGGAUGAAAUACUCUUUUUAGAAAAAGAACUAGAAGAAGAGAAAUCUAAACAUUCUGAACAGGAUGAUUUGAUGGCAGAUAUAUCUAAAAGGAUACAGUCCCUAGAAGAUGAAUCAAAAUCCCUCAAAUCACAAGUAGCUGAAGCUAAAACAACCUUCAGAAUAUUUCAAAUGAAUGAAGAACGACUUAAGAUAGCAAUAAAAGAGGCUUUGAAUGAAAAGUCCCAACUUCAGGAAAGUCAGAAACAGCUUUUACAAGAAACUGAAGUAUGGAAGGAGCAAGUGAGUGACCUUAAUAAACAGAAAAUAACAUUUGAAGACUCUAAAGUACAUGCAGAACAAGUUCUAAAUGAAAAAGAAAAUCACAUUAAGUCUCUGACUGAACGCUUGCUAAAGAUGAAAGAUUGGACUGCUGUGCUUGGAGAAGACCUAACAGAUGAUGGUAACUUGGAAUUGGAAAUGAAGAGUGAAUCAGAAAUUGGUGCUCACUUAGAUAAUCAGCCAAAAGGAGCUUUGAAGAAGCUGGUUUAUGCGGCUAAGUUAAAUGCUUCUUUAAAAACCUUAGAAGGAGAAAGAAAUCAAAUUUAUACUCAAUUAUCUGAAGUAGAUAAAACAAAGGAAGACCUUACAGAACAUAUUAAAAAUCUUCAGACUGAACAAGCAUCUUUGCAGUCAGAAAAUACACAGUUUGAAAGUGAGAAUCAGAAGCUUCAGCAGAAACUUAAAGUAAUGACUGAACUAUAUCAAGAAAAUGAAAUGAAACUUCACAGGAAAUUAACAGUAGAGGAAAACUACCGGUUAGAGAAAGAGGAGAAACUUUCCAAAGUGGAUGAAAAGAUCAGCCAUGCAGCUGAAGAGCUGGAGACCUAUAGAAAGCGAGCUAAAGAUCUUGAAGAAGAAUUGGAGAGAACCAUUCAUUCUUAUCAGGGACAGAUUAUUUCCCAUGAGAAAAAAGCACAUGAUAAUUGGUUGGCAGCUCGAACUGCUGAAAGAAACCUCAAUGAUUUAAGGAAAGAAAAUGCUCACAACAGACAAAAAUUAACUGAAACAGAGUUUAAAUUUGAACUUUUAGAAAAAGAUCCUUAUGCACUUGAUGUUCCAAAUACGGCAUUUGGCAGAGAGCAUUCCCCAUAUGGUGCUUCACCAUUGGGUCGACCUUCGUCUGAAACGAGAGCUUUUCUCUCUCCUCCAACUUUGUUGGAGGGUCCACUCAGACUCUCACCUUUGCUUCCAGGGGGAGGAGGAAGAGGCUCAAGAGGCCCAGAGAAUCCUCUGGACCAUCAGAUUAGCAAUGAAAGGGGAGAAUCAAGCUAUGAUAGGUUAACUGAUCCUCAUAGAGCACCUUCUGACACUGGGUCCCUCUCACCUCCAUGGGAACAGGACCGUAGGAUGAUGAUCCCUCCACCAGGCCAACCAUAUUCUGAUCCACCUCUUCCUCUACAAAGGCAAGAUAGAUAUUAUUCUAAUUCUGGUAGACUCUCUGGACCAGCAGAACUCAGAAGUUUUAAUAUGCCUUCUUUGGAUAAAGUGGAUGGGCCUAUGUCUUUAGAAAUGGAAUCCAGUAGAAAUGAUACCAAAGAUGAUCUCGAUAAUUCCAAUGUGCCUGAUUCAUCUCUCCCUGCUGAAAAUCAAGCAACUGGCUCUCGCUUUAUUUUUUCACCUCUUCCUCCAAUCAGAGGUCCAUUGUUUCCAGUGGAUCCAAGGAGUCAGUUCAUGAGAAGAGGACCUUCUUUUCCUCCACCUCCACCUCCUCCAGGAAACAUGUAUGGAGCAUCUCGAGAUUAUUUUCCACCUGGCCCACCACCCCCUCCAUUCCCAAUGAGAAAUGUCUAUUCACCGAGGGGUUUUCCUCAUUAUCUUCCCCCAAGAGCUGGAUUUUUCCCCCCACCCCCACAUUCUGAAAGUAGAAGUGAGUUCCCUUCAGGGUUGAUUCCGCCUUCAAAUGAACCUGCUACUGAACAUCCAGAACCACAACAAGAAACCUGACAAUAUUUUUGACCUUUCUUCAAAAGUAAUUUGACUUAUCUCUUAUUUUUAGUUUAAGUAACUGCUGUUACUUAAGUGAUUAUACUUUUGCUCAAAUUGAAGCUUAAUGGAAUUAUAAUUCUCAGGAUAGUAUUUUGUAAAUAAAGAUGAUUUAAAUA